AUGGACGAGGACGAAGACGCGUCCAUGAUGUCGGUCGACGACACUUCGACGUCCACGGAUCCACUCCUCGAGACCGCCGCCACACCAGCCUCUCGCUCCGUGACACCAGCGAUCCCAGCCCGCCAACCCUCAUCGGCGCGUCGCGGUCGCCCUAGGAACCAGAACCAGCCCACUCCGCGAUCACAGCGAGUCCAAGCCCUCCGAGAAAGCACACCGAGAAAGCGCAUGUUCGAAUUGGACGUUGGAGAUGCGCGAUCGCCCCAGCGCUUGCUGGUCACCGUCGAAGCCGAAAGCUCGAGAGUCACUUCAAGAAGCAGCGUUAGUCGCCGUCUGUUUCAGCACUCGACGCCAACCGCUCGCAGCACAAUUCGCGAAAGAGAAAGGACGACAUCGGUUACGGUUCCCUUGCGCGGCGUGGAGGAUGACGGAGACGACGAGAUUACUCGACUUGGCGAAUUUGUUACACCGAGGCCGCGCGGAAGGCCACCGCGAACAGCUACUCCAGGCACAGCCUUGCGCUCAGAGACACCGAAGACGACGACUCGCCCGAUGCGACCAGCGACCCCCGGAUUCCGACUGCGCGAAGCACGAUCAUCGUCCAAGGACGUCUUGGAUUCGGAUGUCACCAUCGAUUUCAGCAAGCUCGGGUUUGCAUCAGGUACAAAGCGGCGGAUGAGCUUGACACCAGGGCCUAGCAGUCGUGCGCCGAAGCGGAGGAAGAAUGCUGCGGGUACAUCGCCAGUGAGACAGCCUAGCUUGCUGGGUCCAGGCUCUACGCGAAGGAAACGAGGCCGUCCAAGGAAGGAUUCGAUUGCGCACGACGAGUUUUCCGCCCUCAUAGACCGAGAUCUUACGGCGCUUAAAGAAGACGACUCCGACCAUGAGCCUGGGCCCCAAGCCGAAUCCAGUCGCGACCAACAAAACCGAGACCGAAUUCGAGAUCAGGCUGAAGAACACAUCCGUCGCGAGCGCAUUUUCCAACGAGGACCGUCAAACGUUAUCUUGAGCAAUACAUACAUUGGAGCUCCCUCGAGUGAUGUUCCUAGGCCAGACGAGUCGGAAGGUGACCUAUGGUUGGACAACUCGUUCAACCCACCUCAAGACACACCGGCCGCUCGACGAUGGAACGGGGCACCUAGAGCACAACCCUCCAGGGUCGAGCAGCUGCGACCGGAACCUGUGCGUCGAGAAACACCCCAAUUGGAGUCGGAGCUUUCGCAUGGAGACGAAUACGUCGAGUUCGCAGACUUUGGUGGUGGCGAAUCGCAUAGCGACAUCGAAUCGGAGCUGGACGAUGAGAACGCGACACCAAGGGAUACACCCAUUCAGCCGACAGAAACUAGGUUACCAGGCGAAGAAUUCACAAUGAUAGACCCCUAUUCGCUACUAUCUAUGCAGCAAAAUUCGAGCUAUGUCGAGGAGCAAGGCCACGAAGCGCAAAACGAGGAAGCUCGCGAUGGCGACACGACAAGCUUUUACAUCAAUAAAACCAUCAAGUCGUUACGAAUAAGUCAGCAGGAGCAGGAAUCGGACGAGCGGGAAACUCAUAAUAGGACAGUCGAUUAUUCGGUCAACUCCAAUUUGACGACUACACCGAGGGCACCUAUUCCCAGUUACGAUCCGCUAUAUCGAUAUUCGACGGGUGAUAACAGAGGAGAGGCUGAGGUUGUGGAGGAAAUAGAGGAGGAGGAAGCACAUGAUGGUGGAGAGUCUUCGGAAAAGUGUCAGAGCAAAACUUCACGACUGCAAGAAAAUUCGGGACGAGAGCCAGAACAAGGAGAAGAAUGGGGCCCGGAUCUGGAUCGCGAACCAGAAUCGGAACUGGCUCUUGAGCCUGGGUCUGAUGCUGGCUUUGAACCAAGGACGGAAUCAAAGCCUGAACGUGAAACGGAGGCGGAAUUACAACAUGAACCUGCACCCGAGCCCGAAGAAUCCGACAUAUGGUUUCAUCCAGAACCACGAAAGCGACGACGAGAACCGCAGAAGGAGAAACAGCAUGAACGGGAACCGGAACCUGGGUCAAAUCAUGCGGCAAAAUCCAGUACUUGGUCUCGGGCGGAACAACGACAAGAACAUCACCACCCCGUACAGCUAGACUCUGACAUUUCGCACCAGCGGCAACUAAAUCAAACCCGGCGUCUGGUGGAUGAACGGGAAUCAGGCUUUGAGCCAAUAUCUGGGAACACGCCAGACUUCGAACCCCUGCCUGAACAACGGUCUCAAUCACCGCAAGAACCUGAACUUGAGCCAGGGCCAGAAUCUCACCAUGAAGAGGAACAGGAGCAGGAGCAGGAGCUUGAUGAUAAUAUGGAGUUUGAGCGGCAGCAGGAAACUGAAGAAGAAGCACAGCAAGAACAAGCACAACAGCCCAAGCCAUGGCGGGUAAAGUCUUCAAAUCAACAGAAAACUCGGUCGUUCGGAACACAACUGGACGUAGAUGUCCGUGGUAACGUUGGGGUGGAUUCGUCAAACCGCUCAGUGGACUAUGACAACUUUGAAACACAGGAAUCAAGCGUCCUAUAUCACGGCCACCUUCGAAGAGAAUCACGAGGCGCUCUACCACCUGAACCAUCAAGUCCGCUAUUUAGAAAAUCCCAGACAGAUGUUCAGCAGCAACAGACCACAAAGACAAUCAUACAGCCCUCUGUUGAGCGGCCUUCAUCUGUGAAUAACUCCACCCCCUUAUAUGCGUUGAAUUGUAUUCUGACCCCUGAUGAGACACCAUCUCCUGUCCCUCCAGAACACCGCGACUACGACUUUCAGUACGAUUUUGGUUCUCAUGCCAAUGUAGAGGCCGACGACGACGCCGAGCUUAAUGAUGACGGGCAUAGACAAGCCACCGAAUCCGCCGAGCCCGCUCUAGACGAAGAGAUGCCUUCUUCACCCCCGACCGGAAGCUUUUCCCGACACGAGCAGCCCCGCCCCGAACCUCCAUUACGCCGAGUCCGAUCGAACUCGAACGAAACCCCCGCCGAUCGAGUCACAUCUUUAACCUCGCCUGGUCUUCCGGCACUCAACCCCCAGAAUUUGAUGCCCCCACCCGACUCACAGAACCGGCCGGCUCUGUCUCCAAUCAUCAGAGCUGGUGAAGCACUGCGACAGGUAACCUCGGACCCUCCGUCGCCUCCAGGCAGGGGAAGCUUCUUGCGCAGCCCCUUCCGAGGGAUGCCCGGGGUCCAAGACAGCCAUUCGCCGUCACCGUCAGCCUCUAGGGUCUCCCAGUCUCAGCCUCAAUCUCAACCUCAACCUCAACCUCAACUUCAGCCGUUGCCCCAAGCCCAAUUCGAAACAACCCCUAACCCGCCCGAAAGAUUGGGCUUUGGCUUGUUCAACUCGAUUAAGAAUCUGGUUGCCCAAGGAGCGCAAGUCCUAUCGCCACGGAACGCCUCGAGGCAAGCUUCCGUCAAUGCCGGAGAAAGUUCUAGACAAGCAUCAGCGACCGCGGCUGGCACCACUAGUAGUCCCAUGGAGAUUUUCAUGGACGACCCGUUCGGUCCCGAUCCACCCGGGUCUUCUAGAGGAAGCACCGGGCGUAACUCGCUCUUUGGCAGCAUGAUGAGCAAGCAUCGUGGCUCCGGUGGUAGUCAAGAUGCUAGUGGUACUGCCAGUGCUAGUGCUAGCUUUGAGAAAAGAGAUCAAGGCAGUGCUAACGUCAGCGCCAGUACUAGCUUUGAGAGACAAAGUCGUGCGAGUAGCGGUUCUGAGAGAGCGGCGUAUGGUUAUAACGGGCUGGGAAGGCAGUCGGAAGAGAAUGCCGCGUUUGAUAGAGGGUUUCAGGUCAAUACCGGCUUUGGCAAUCAACGCCAAAUCUUCGGAGAACCGUAUGUUCAAGGGGAUGCUGGCUUUGGAAGCCAGCACCAGGUCUUCGCGGAACCACAUGCCCAAGGCGGCUUCGGCUUUGACAGACAGCAACGACCCAACACCGGCUUUGGAGAAUACCAUGCUCAAGCUAACACCGGCUUUGAGAGGCCGACACAAGCGGACACUAGCUUCGGUGGAAGAAGUCAAGCCAACACCAGCUUUGGUCGACAAGCCAUUGUCAACACAGGGUUCGACAGAUCUCAGACUCAAGCCCAGGCCAGCAGUAGCCAUGCCAUAAAACAACCUUCAGUAACUACCAACUUCGACAGGCAACACCAACCAAACACCAGCUUCGGGCAUCAGCAAGCUGAGGCCAGCACCACCCACGAUAGGCAAGCUCAAGCCGAGACCAGCUUCGCAAGCCAAUGUCAAGCUACCACAAGUUCUUCCACCAGACAACCCCAAGCCAACCCCAUCUUCGAUAGCACAACCCAGGGUCCAUCCUCCUUCUCCGAGCGCCAACAACAUGAACAUGAACAAGAAGCCAUGGACUGGCAAGCCGAAGAGGAAGCCAGCCAUCACAGCCACGAAAUCAACGUAACCCGUGACCGCUCCGCAUCCGCGAGCCUUGGUUUCCACCAUGAUAGCAGCCGCAGCCAUGAUAACACCUCUGGCUUAGAACGUACUGCUGCUCGGGAAGGCUCUACUACUCGGAGAUCAGCAUCAGUCACAAAAGACCAUCCGGAACCUGAACAUGAAGCUCGUGGUCAUGGUCAUGGUUAUAGGGAAGUCAUCGAGACUGGAGCUGUUACGGAAGAGAGAGGGGAAGAGCGGGUAUGGGGUGGCUAUGGGAGCGAUUCCAGGUCUGGCCGAAGCUUCAGGGAAAGUAGUCAUUCGGGUUCUAGGAUCCAUGGGGGACCGCACUCGACUCGGAAACCAUCAAUUCCGAGCGAACCCAAAGCUCCGCGGUAUAGGGAAACCGUUGAAGUUGAGACGGUGACUGAAGAACGAGAGGUAGAGCAUGUGUGGGGAGCCUACGAAGGUGAUGCCAGGGCUAGGUCCAGUUUUAGGGAGAGUAGUCAUUCUUCUGGGAGACAUGGUCACUCUCGGCAUGAUUCCGGCUCGAGGCAUGGUUCGAGACAUGGGUCUCGCCACGUAUCGGAAGAGCGGGAGACGAAGGAGACAAGGGAAGAGCGGGAACGAAGCGAAGCAAGGGGGCGGGGAAGGAGUAGGGAGGUGACGGAGGACAUUGUCGAAGAGGUCCGCGAGGAGUAUGAGCAUGAGAAUGAGCAUGAGAGCGGACACUUUCACUCCGGUGGUCGUCGCUCGAGUGUACGUGAAGAUGGGAGCCGCAGACACAGUUCCUCCCGCUCUUCAAAUCGAUCCGACCGCGACCGGGGUAAAGCUUCGUCUUCUUCUCGACAGAGGUCGGAAGAGCAAGAGACUCGGUCAGAUCGGGAAAGGCAAGAAGAACGUGGGGUGAGAGAGGCGACCGAGGAAAUCACGGAAGAAGUCCGGGAAGAGUAUGAGCAUGAGCAUGAGCACGAGCACGAGAGCGAAAGUGAACGCUAUCAAUCUGGUGGUCAUGCCCGUGAGGAAGAGAGCCACCAACACGGAAGCAGCUCCCGCUCUACCCGAUCCGAUCGCGACCGAGGUAAAGCUUCAGCUUCGUCUGCUUCUUCUUCUAGGGGACAUGGUGCUCACCGCCAGCCAAGCUCAGAACAAGAAGUGAGGCAAGUGCGCGAAGUGACAGAAGAGAUCGUAGAAGGAGAGCGAAACGAGUAUGAAGAGGAAAGAGGCGGUCGCCACUCUAGUCACGUCGAAGAAAGUCAUCGUCACUGGUCACGCGGCGGGCCGCACGGGUCGCAGUCCAACAGCCGAGCUAACGAGUCAAUAAAGCGAGAUGAUUACCGGCGCGGCGGCUCCUCGGGGGAGGGAGAAACCACCAGAGAGGUGACUGAAGUGGAGGAGGAGGACGGGGGGAAUGAGUAUGAGGAGGAGGAAAGGGGUGGGCAUUCCUCAGGGUAUGUGGAUGAACAAAGUCAAAGACAAGAGUCUCAGUCAUCCGGCCGAGAUGGAGGGUCCUGGCGGAAAGAUGAGCAGCAGCGAAGUUCGGCUGAGCGGGAAAGGAGUGAGGCCGAGGAAGGCCGAGAUGAGGUUGAGGAGGAAAGUGAAGAGCAUCGGACGAGUCGUAGUUCGGAUGCCAGUCGUCAACGCGAGGUCGCACAGCACCGGGCGAGUCGUAGCUCGGAAGCAGGUCGCCAACACGAGUCGCUGCUCGAGCACAGCAGGACUUCCUCGCGAGGUGAUCAACUGCAGAGUUCAGCAGAUCGACAAGCACCUGAAGUGGAAAAGGCACGCCAUCAGAACUACUCUGAAGGCGAAGACUACGGGCUGGCUGAUGCAGAAGAGAAUCAUCAACGUGAAGAAUCUCUGCUUCAGCAGCACGGAGACGAGCACGAGCACGAGCACGAACAAGACCAUCAGAUGGAUUAUAUCGAAGAUGCAAGUCAUCACCAAGCUGAGGAGAGAGAGCACACGCAGGGGCAAGAUGAAGAGGAAGAAGAGGAAGAAGAGGAGGAAGAUCUCUUCCUUCUCGAAGCCAUGCGUUCAUCUCCCGCAGUCAAGCCCAAAUCUCACUUGAAGGAGAACAAUCCUGCCGGCAUUCUUCCCUCCGCCCAUAAGCCCCAGCCGAACUCCUCUCGCUGGCAAUCCAACAAAAGUCAGAUGGUUCGCGAUCAGCUGAACACAGCCGCCGCCGCAGAAGACAAAAGUGACGAGCCGGAAGAAGAGUAUAGCCUGCUUCAUUCCAGUCGGGUCAAGAGGUUCCGGCCUGCGCUGAAGCCGGUUCCAAACAAGAAGGCGAACCUUUUGGGGUUCUUCUCAUCGCCUGCAACUAUUCCAGACAUAAGCUUGCAGGGUCCAGAGGGUAAUAAUUCUUCUCUUGUGUCUGAGCCUGAAGCGCUCAACAGGCAAAGUCAAGCCAACGGCGGCAAGGUGUCAUCUGGCUCGGGAGUCCUUUUGGAACGGUCACAAAAUCUUGCUACAGGUCAGGCGGCUGCUGAGAGGAAGCUGGGAACGACUCCCAUCGGUCGCGUUGCUGCAUCUCAACGUCUCUCCGUGCCGGUUUCUCAGAAGCCGUUCCACCCUUCACCGUUGGGCACAGCUCCCGUGUUGUCAGGGCAACCCUCCAGACCCCUGCAACCGACACAGCGCGUACUCCGGCACUCUUCCUCCAUCGUCGGCUCUUCUUCGCCACCACAGUCUGGAAGCAUCUACACUCCAGUCCCGCAGAAACAAAACUUUACCCCCAUGCGACGCGAGCCAGGCGCUAAGCUCCCCUUGUUCGAACGUAGCGGCGGUGGAACAAAGACUGACACUGGCACGACUGGUGUGCCUUCUCUCAAAGACAACAACGACACAGGUUCAGGCUCAGGCACCACUCCAACUUCGAUAACCGACAAACCUAAGCAGUUGCUGUUUGGAAUUAAGGCGUCCAUUUCCAAGUUAUUCUCGGAUCCUCCCGCUAAGAGCGUUGAGUACGGACAGCCGAACGAAGACGAAAACGAGGACGAGAUUGAAGAAGAGCACCAAGAGCCUGGAGAACAGCAGCCUGAAGAAGAGGACCUGGUACUGGACGACUUCGACGAGAUAGUUGAACUCGAAGAAGAACAAUCGUCUACUGAGGAAAGUUUCGAACCACCACAGCAGCUCAGAGCUCUGCCCGACAAGAACUCGUCCCCUAUCAAGUCUGCAUUGCGACCGCCGACUAAGAGUCGCACGCGCACGCCCGGUCGGGUGGUGGAGUUUGCCAAUAGUGUAAGGCAGUCGCCUACUCCGAGACGUAACGGACGGAACGCAGACAACAACAUUUCUGAACAAAGGCGUCCUGGUCCUGUGUUUGGGGAGCGUUCGGCUCCGGUGGUUAUCACCAGCUCGCCUAGUACCCAUACGGAGAGUAGUCCUGUUCCUAGUCCAGCUGCUGGUGAGGAGAGGAUUCGGGAGAACAACACGCCUGAGAGGUAUGAGGAGGAUUAUCAGGACCAGGAAGAGGAUCACAAACCGGAUGGCGAGGCGGAGAUGGACAAGGACUUGGACAACGUGGACAUGGAUGUGGAUGAUGACAUUGAAUGGUACGAGCAUGAACCGGCGCCCGCACUGGCACCAGCACGGGCAGCGGCACCAAGACAGGCACCGUCAAUUCCUCGCCCACUAAGCCCUGGACGAGGACGUCAACAGGAACGGCAGCCACAAUUCGGUGCUGCCUCGCAACGUCAACCACUACAACCGCCGCUCAUCAAACCUACAUCAACCCUUGAGAACUCCCCCGUUAUUCGCUCGGGCGUUUCUCUCUUCGGUCACGGUCGGCAUAGACCACUACCGCCUCCUAUUCCGCCUUCUAAGCGUAAUAUCGUUACGCCUCUCCAGCCUCUUCAACCUCCUCGGCCGUUGCAGCCACUCUACCCUACUCUACCACAACUCUCUCCUCUUACUGAACAACAACUCUCUCAGCCCUCAAUGUCGACUUCAGCCUUGGCUUCGACCUCUCAGCACUAUAACGGCCAAGUUUCCAACGCCGCUUCCACCUCAGCCGGCGCUUCAUCCUCCUUCUACGCCGCCAACUCGUCUGGCACUUCAGCCGUCACUUACACGUCUCACAACCAACUCCCAAUCCAGGAACAACAACUCCCCCCACCAACCCCCAACUGGACCACUUCCCACUGGGAAAUCCUCUCCUCGGUCAUAACCCACCACCGUUCCCUUAACCCCCGCACCCUCACAAAGGGUAAACGUCCUCUCCUCCCUUACUCUCUCCAGUCCUUCCUAGCCAAAACAUACACCCCCUCUCCCCUCACAAACUCAACACGACCCUGUUUCCGGUCUUCCUAUCGACGAGUCAGUGACCAUCGAACAAUGGCAUUUGGACGUCGUCUAUGA